CUAACUUGCAAUUGUAGAAAAGAAAGGAAAACCUAAAAGUAACUAUUUUCCUUUCACUCUCUCUCCCGGCUCCAACGACUCUGUCUACUUCCACUCCUUUUCAGCAGCCCAGUGGCGCUGCCGGCUCUUUCCCGUACAGAGCUCCCGCUGCGGUCCUCCUCCUUCAACUCGUGCCGUUGUUGCCGCUUUCUUCCACUCAUUCCGCAUUAGCCUCCUUUGUAUACGUACUUCAAUAUGGUGUGUGUGAGAUAUUAGUCGUUUUCAAUUUUCUCCCAGAACACAUUCAAAUUUAUAUCUUAUGGAUGCAAGAAAUGCAAACCUUGAAGCUAAACUCAAAGAGUUACUAUUUAAAAUCAACUCUUUGGAGGUUAAGAUAUGCUCAGAUGCUACAAAAGAGUUCAUAAAGUUAUUAACAGGGGAUAAUGGAUGUAAGCUGCUCAAUUUAUAUGCAAAAACUUCCCCCAAGUGUUCAGAGCUUUUGGAUGCUUGGAAGCUUCAGCGGGGGAAGGCUGGAAUGCCAUAUAUAUUUUCAUUAGUUUCUGCUAUUCUGAGUCACCCUGAUGGAAUUUACCGUGUUAAUGACUUGGAGAGAUUAUCAACUAGUCGUGUUCUUGACAUGUUAGCUCGAUCACUUGUUGAAGAAUGCUUGGGAGACAUUAAUAGUGAAUUAGGCUCCCAAGAGGUAAAGCGCCAAAAUGCAGCUUUAUUGUUGAUGUCUUCAAUUGUUCGACGUGGUUCACGUUUGGCUUCUCAAGUUGCAAAGAAUUUUGAUUUUAAACUUCGUGCAUUUUCCAAGUUGACUGAGUUUAGACAAAAGCCAAGUCAGAAAAGAUCAAAACAUUCGUCAAGAAAGUUGUUUGUUGGGUUUGCUAUGUCAUUUUUGGAGGUGGGGAAGCCUGAAUUGUUGAGGUGGGUCUUGCAGCAAAGGGAAGUGUAUGCUGGUGUGCUUCGUGGGCUUGCAAAUGAUGAUGAAGAGACUAUUACGUAUGUUUUAUCAACAUUGAGGGACAAGGUCCUUGUUGAUGAAUCAUUGGUACCUCCAGGUCUUCGAAGUGUGCUCUUUGGAAGUGUUACUUUGGAGCAACUGGCCACCAUAUGUGAAAGAGAGAAUGGCGGUCUUGCUGCAGAGACGGCAUACCAGGUUUUAACUAUGGUUUGUACUGAUCCUUGCAAUGGGUUGAUGCCAAGUCUGAAAAGAUGCCCAAAUCCUUUAAAAGGUAAUCCUAAACGACUACUUGAUCUCAUGAAGAAGUUGAAAGCAACUGGAGUUAUUUAUCAUAGAGACUUGCUUUUGGCAAUUAUUAGGGGGCAGCCAGCUUUCUGUUCAACAUACUUGGAGGAAUUUCCUUACAACCUUGAAGACUUUUUAUCAUCUAACUGGUUUUCUGUUGUUUCUUUGAUAGUUAAGUUGGUUUCUUCUGUGAGCAGUGGCUUGUCCACUGAAUCUAUUGUUUCUCAAUCAGAUGAUACUACUUUGUUCGACAGUACUUAUUUAAAAAGCAUUUUGAGGUGCCUCUCUUCUCGACCAUUUAAUCGAUCAACAAUCAACAAAGGAUUGCUUCACUCGAAUAUUCUUGUAAAACAUGGAACUCUACGACUUCUACUUGAAGCAUUGAAGUUGGUUGACUCUUUGUUUGUUGUUUUAAACAAAGCAUCAUCCAUCAAUACGGAAAAGAUGUUGUAUUGGUUGUCUCUCAAGCAGGAAUUGGAGAAUGAAGUUCAAAUUUUGCUCCCUGAUCCACAAGUGCUACUGACUCUCCUUUCUUCAUUGGCUAGCCAAUCUAGAGUUCAAGGAGUUAAUUUGAAAAGAACCUCUGGUCUGGAACGUAGCUUCCAUGGUGUUAAAAAACUAAAAACAACUUCACCAGAUCGUGAUACUGAUAUCAUUGUUAUUGGUGUCGUGUCAAAUCCAGAUAUCGAUGAAAAAAUGGGGGAUAUUUGUACGGUAGAGACAUCCGAACCGGAAAGGGAACUCAUGAUUUCUGUAGCCGAACUAUGGGAUUUGGAUCCAUUGUCUGCUCUGGUUGAAGUAAAGGAUGCAGAGAUGUACUUCGUUUCAAAGCUAUUGAACGGUCUUACAAUCUAUCACCGAAGAUUGCCACAUACAUUGGAGGGAUCAUUUGAAUUUUUCAUCAAUCUUCUUGGAAAUCCUUUAUUGUUGCCCACUAUUCUGCAACAUUCUUUGUUAUCAUUGCUAAUUGAAUAUAUUCCAUCAUCAUCAGUGAGGUCAACACAUUUUAGAACUCCACCGGGGAUGUACAAGCAUUUGCAACCGUUUAUUACCUUGUUCAUACGUUCACCAGACAACGGCAUAAGGGAUAAGGCAUAUUAUCUGGCCCAAGCUUCUAUUCUAAGUACUGGUGCACUUGACCAAAAUGUUUAUGAAGGUGGAUCAUGGUUCUUAUUUUUAUCGAACUAUGAUCGAGAAACAUCAUUUAUGGAACUUGGGAAAGAGAGUUCAGAGAAUUUAAUUUAUACAGUAAUUUCAUUUUUAUGUGAUGCCAUUUCCACAGUAGGAAAUAACUUAUUCAAAUAUUGGGGUAUUGUGAAGAGUUACACCGACCAGUUAAAAGGUGCUAAAGAUGUCUCACCUAAUUUCAGCCCAAUCGUCAUAUGUGUUCUGCAGAAGUGUCUAAGAUUGCUCAAUUCUGAUUCUGUAACCUUCACCCAACUUGACAAAGCCGCUAUAUCUAAUUAUGUGAGCAGUACGCUAAAGUAUCUCCUGCAGACUCAGGUUGAUGCUCAAUUACUGGCCUCAGCGAUUGAAUCUAUCUUGUCUAAGAGAUUUGACGACCAUGGUCCUUUAGAUGUGGAAUCUGGAAGUUCAAACUGUGAGUGGAGACCAUUGAAAAAUCUAUUACUCUUCUCCCGCAGAAUUUCUACUAUGCCUAGGGAAGAUGUUUUUGCUGAUCAUUGUCACUUAAUGAACGACGAAGAAAAAAAUUGUAACAUGGAGUUUGAUAAAAUUGAAGCAUCGUCCCUUGGAUUUUCCACCUUCUUGAAGAAAACUCCAUUUCAUGUAUUAUUUCCUGCAAUUAUGUGCACUCAUCAUUCCAAUUCUCUCGUACUCCUGAAGAUACAAGAUUUCCUUCUGCUAAAACUAAGUGAGUUGACAUUUGAUCAUCUUCUAUUGCCUUAUUUACAGCUAGUCCUAUUUUGGAUGUAUCAAAUACGGAUCUCUUAUAGAUUUAAGCCUUUAGUUGAACUUGAGAAGCUUUCCCAAAUUUGCAUUGUACUUGUUCAGAACAUCUUAGCUAAGUUGCUAGCUACAAGAACUCAAUCUGUUGCUGUAGGAGAUUACAAGGGCUCUCUGUUAAGGCUAGAGGUUCAAGAUGUAGCAGAAACCAUCUUCUCUCAUCCUGCUGUAAUAUCAUCUUUGUCCUGCUCCCUAAACUGUCCUGGGAACUUGGUGUUCGAUGCUAUUGAUUUAAAUUUGGAAUCUUUGGUUCAGUUGUCUCGGAAGAGUGUUAAUAUAUUAGAUCAUCACAUUGUCAACUUAUUGACCACUUCUUGUGAGUAUCUCAUAACCUCAUGUGAUGACCAAGAUUCGACAUUCAGAGGGGUAGUGGAGACUUUUAAUGUCUUCAUACAGAGGCUAUUAUCUGAGUUCAGGGACCGAUUUGAUAUCUUUACUGAGACAAUGGACCCAAUACCGCUUCUCCCCCUGUUUUUUGCUUUACACUCUUUAAAUCAUUUUAUAUUUCCUUUUGAUCUUCUUGAAUUAGUGAUUUGGAUAUUAAAGAGAGUAAAUACCAAUGGCUUUGUCGUACAGAAAUCUGAAAUGACCCAGAUUCAUGGUCUAUCAUUUGGAUUCGGUAUUGCUGUCAUUGCUUUUAAAGAUGUUACAGGCUAUUUGCAGUUACCAUUAUCUAAAAGAUUACCGUACCAUUUACUCAGGAAAAUGGAUGAGAAGGAUGUAUGUAACAUCAUUGAUGAAAUUUACACUAAAACAAAUGUAUUUGCAGUACAUUACAAAUCAGAGUUUGCAGAUGCAUGCUUGCUUGAAGUGGUUAAGGCUAUUUGUGCUAAGAAAUCCAUGCUAUGUGAAUACUUUGAUCAAAUACAUUUAGCAACGUUCAGAUCUAUUAUGAACAUGCCUAGUGAGUUGAUUUCUUAUUGCUUCGAUAGGACCAACAAGGAAAAAGCUAAACUGUUGUUUUUUCUUACUGAGGCUAGCUCCUUGCAUUUGUCAAUCUUUGGGCACUCCAUUGUGGAUAUUAUGGACAGGCAUUCUCGUCACAUGGACAAUGAGAUGGAAGACAAACUUUUGAUUCUUCUGCCCAGUUCUUUGACAUACUUGAAUUCAGUUGUUGCGAAGUUUGGAAAGAAAUGCUGUUAUAAUUCCAAAGUCAUAUCUUCAGCAUAUUCAAGAAUUCUUUUUCGUAAAUGGAAGAUCUUUGUGACUAAUAGUACUUUCGACGAAGAAUUUGGUGAUUUAAUUCCAUCAACUACUCGAGAUUUUAUUGAUCUUGUUAAUAACAGUCUUCUUGGAAAAGCAGUGGGUAUGCUAAGGCACUGCUUUGCACUUAAUGGAGAUCUGGUGACAGUGAAGAUGCGAUUGAAAGUUUUUAAUUACAUUUUCCCAGCUUCUUGUUCAACUGAUGAAGUUUUAGGAUUUGAGGUUGAUGAACUUGACUCUUAUUCACCAAACCAGGUAUUCAAUUUUCUCAGCAAGGUUGUUUCGAAGAUAUCAUUUUGUAGGGUGUUGUUAUUUCCAGAAGGCUGCGGCAUUCAAUCUUUUUCAGGAGAAGACGAGUCAACAGAACAAUCUUCAGCAAGAAGGUCAAAUAAUGAAGAAUCCUCAAGAUUGCAGUACUUGAAUACUUUGGUGGGCAUCUGGCAGUGGAUAGUGAAAAGAUUUGCUUUUAUCUCUGAUAUUUAUGAGAAAGAAAUGGGCAAAUCAAGGUUAUUCAGAUACUUGGAGCUUUUCUUACUGAACAAUAUUCUUGAACUCAGCACAGAAAUGCAUGGUGCGCUUGUCAAACAACCAUCCAUUCCCUUCCUAGAGCAAUUGAUGAGAUUUUCCCUCUUGUAUAGGUUCGAGGAUCCAACAACAGUAAACAUUCUUUACAGCAUUCUAGAUUUGUUAUCUGAUGGCAAGUUCGCAGUAGAUGCAUAUUUGCAGCUGCUUCUUGCACACUCCCAGUUUGCUCCCACUAUCCAAUCAACUCCAAAACCUUCUCAUUCCAUUGAAACUUUUUUGAGGCCGAUGUCCAGCAUACUAAGAUCACUUGUUAUACCAUCAAGUAGUCAGCGGGAAACAAAUUUCAAGCAAGAUUCAAAAGCCACUCAGACAGACUUGAAACGGUUGGUAAUUGUUAAGUUGGUCCACAUACUUGUGCUGAUGAAGGUAUGCCAUGGUGGCUAUGGAAAAGAUGAUACCAUAAAUUUCAGAGAACUGUAUGCACUGCUUCUGUCUUCUUAUGGUGCCACUGUCAGUGAAACUGACUCUACUAUCUUGAUGACAUUAAAUGACAUUGAAACUAUAAUUGGAUCAGAUGCAAAAAAUCAAGUCCAAAUGGAUUUCUUAUGGGGGAAUGCUGUAUUGGGAGUUUCAAAAGAACGGCUUCUAGAGCAGGAACCUUCCUCAAAUAUCAGCAAUGAUGCUGAAGCUGUUAAAGAACGUCAUCGAAAUCAAUUUAGAGAAAAUCUUCCUGUUGAUCCCAGAAUAUGUGUGUCCACGGUGCUAUGGUUUCCUUAUGAUAGAACUGAAUCGGAUGAAGAAUCACGUUUGAAGAAAUAUCGAGUAAAGGAUCUAGAUGAUCUCUUUAAGGGACAUUAUCAUGGUACUGAACCUGAACGAUAUGAUCCGAUUUAUGUCUUGCGGUUUUCGAUUCAUGCUCUGUCAAUGGGAUACAUCGAAGCUUUAGAAUUUGCUACUUUGGGUUUGCUUGCAGUUGCAUUUGUUAGUUUGUCUUCAGCUAAUGACAAAUUAAGAAAAUUAGGCUACGGAACUCUUGGGGCACUGAAAAACACGGUGGAGAAUGGUAAGAGAAGAAAGGGUACCACGAGACUUCGGCUCCUCUUAACAUACGUGCAGAACGGCAUUGAAGAGCCAUGGCAGAGAAUUCCUUCCAUCAUUGCUCUUUUCGCUGCAGAGGCAUCCUUUAUUUUAUUGGAACCAUCCCAUCAUCAUUAUGCAGCAAUAAGUAAAUUUUUGGUGCGAUCUACUAGGUUGAAUAGUAAGUCCAUUCCUCUGUUUAAGAAUUUUCUCUGGAGCAGCUCCGUAAACUUCAAAUCUGAAAGGCUAUGGAUGUUGCGCCUAGUCUAUGUGGGGAUUAAUGUUGAUGAUGAUGCCCGGUUAUAUAUCAAGAACUCAAUUCAUGAGGAUCUGCAGAGUUUUUAUGUUUCCUCUCUUUCAGAUAAUGAGUCUAAGGAGCUUAUCCUUCAGGUGGGGAACCCAAUUGGCUCUUGGAUGGCUGAACAGAAAAUGAUCUGUCAAGGACUUCCGGCUUCUCUUUGAGUAAGGUCUUGAUUUUCCGGUUUGUAGGAACCAAGGAUUGACUAGAUGUGAAUUGAGCACUAAUUUAGUCGGCAAGUUCUGAGUGUUCUUCAGUUGAUUCUGAAGCUUUAACUUGCUGAAAUUUACCGAUUUGACAAAUGGGCUUCUGGCAAAUUGUGGAUGCAACUUUUCUGGCAGAAGGUAUUCAAGCUUAACACUUAAUGGAUCACUUUCAACCUCUUCAUUCUUCAAAACUUGAUUUAAUCUAACAUCAUCUGGGUUUGAAAAAUCAUAAACAAAUAAAUCUCGGGAUAUCACCAAAAUUUAAGAAAAUGUUUUCCCCUUCUCUUCAUUGAUUUCUAUUGUUGCUGGAAUUAACCCACAGUUUUUUUUUACUUGAAUUUUGGCUUCUGGUGCAUUUAAAAAGUUCAAAGUUUCCAUGGAGAUGACUACUGACCCCAAAUUAGCUCCAAUAACUUCUGUUGAAGUUAGAGCAAAAGUAUGAAACAUCUCCCUUACUUCAUUCUAUACAAUUGGGUUCAAUAUAUAUAGGCAUACAUGGAAACUCUAACUAAAGACUAGUAAAUUACAAAAAUGUCAGACAAGUCCUAGUUCUCUCUUAAAAUGUGAGUUCUAUUAAGAGAUGGGUAAGUUUACGCUUGCUAGAGAGGAGUUCUAGGUUGGAACUGUAGGGAAUGAUAGGAAGAUCUAUAUUGAGGAAUGGAAUGGAAGGAAAUCCAGUAAGUUGGAGUUGGAUUUGGGAACCUCAUCUUGGGUAAGGGACUGUUUAAAGGUAGUGGCAGAUGCGAGUUACUCCUUGGGUUUUUAGCGAAGAAAAAAGAUGGAUUUCGCCAUAAUCUUUUCUCAAGUGUUGGAGAAUUUAAGAGACUUGCUAUUAUUUCCCAAAAAUCGUUUAAGGGGGGAAGGUAAGUGAGGAUUUUCAUUCUGGAAGGAAGUAGAGGAAGUGGUUGGUAUUCAUUAGCAAGGGAGGUCUUGACAGGUCUUCUGGAUUCAAGUCAAGCAACGAAAUGCAAGAGUCAAAUUUCUUGACUCGAAGAGGAAGAAAGUGUUCCCCAUUGUCGGUUGCUAAUAUAAAGAACAGCAUGUCGAAUGGUGGUCGGCCAUAUCAAAAAAAUUUCUAGAGAUUGGAGGAAGAGGUUAAGGCGGUGAAAGCUGAUAGAGACAAUGUUAUGGAUUUUGUGUUUGUGUGUCACUCGACGAUUAUAAUCAAGAAACUUAAGGCUUUGAUAGAUUGGGGAGUCUUGAAGCAACUAUUUGAGAAGCCUUCGUAUAUUAGUUGUGGAUUCAAUAUUUUUUGUGCGAAUUUGGCGGUGGGGAUUUGUGAUUCAGUUUCAGAGGCGAAGGACCUUAUCCGACUUGGGUCGUCAUUUUGAACUCAAGAUUUCUCCUUUCAACAUGGGGAUUUUCAUGUGAUUGGAGAGGAGAGGAGACAGGAAUUUGGUCGAAGAUGGGUCACAAUGUAACGAGGGAGUUUAUCGAAUCCCUAGCUUCUUGGUGUGGUGGUCUUUCUAAAAAAGAACCUUCUUUUAAGUCUAAUUGGUUAAAGGAAGUGAGCUUUAAGGCAAACGACAAUGAAGAUGGGUUAUUUUGGUCGAAUGUAUUGUGAAUCACCAGGGGUUCUCCUUUUCGGUGAGGUUCUAUGUUGGCUGGGGACAAGAAAAAGAAAGUCAGAACUUGUUGGAGGUACAAACCUAGCAGCCCCUUAGUCAUUUAGUCUAACGUUGGGUUAGAAGAGGAAGGAUAGGGGAAGUCACGUUGAAUUCCACUAAUAGUGAUGGGCCGGCGGUGGUUAAAGGCCACAAUGGGCAUAAGAAGGGUAAAGACAAGCCAUUGGGUACUGUUGAUUUGUGAGGUGGGAGUGACGUGAAGAUGGGCUGAGUUGGAGUGGACAAGAGUUAUUCAUCUGUUCAUUCUUUAGGGUCUCUCAAGAAAUCCCUGUUGAGCAAAGGAAAUAUUCAAAGUGGGCUGUCGAGGUUUAGACUUGAGGCCUAUGACGAGGUUCAGAGGAAUUCUAUGGGUUUGGAUUCAAUCCAUUAGCAUUUGGUGACUGAAAAUUUACCAGCUAAGGAAGGUGACGAGCAUCCGAGGGUUCUUUUGGAAAAGAAGUUUAGAUUUGGGCCAUUGGAUUUGGUUUUUGACAAUGGAGAUUUUGAUUCAUACUUGUCGAUUGUAAGUUAUUAUGAUGAUUAUGAGUUUUUGUUGACUCCAGUUAGAAAGAAUUCUUCGAAGGUGGAGAUGGAAGAUUUGUUUGAAAAUGGGGAUGGUUCAAGAGAGUUUUCAUCUUCGCUCGUGUUGAUCAAGAAGUUUACUGAGCGAGUUAUUCCUUUCAAGGGGGCUUCAGAGGGUGACCCUGUUAAGAGUAUUCCUAAAGAGGACUUGUCAAAGUUGGAUGUUUGCAUUGUGAAGACUUUGAAAUCGCCUUUAGUACGCACUAGGCACUUUUUUUUUUGUAGGUUAGGCAAGUGGGUUUUCUCCCAACUCCAAUCAAGUGGAGAGCUCGUGUGGUGGGACAGAUCAGGUAAGACCUCUUUCUUUGGUUCCUUGUCUUCCAGGUGGCUUGGGAGAGUAUGAGAGGGGAGGUGGUGUCUUUUCUUCUAAAUUGUGUUUUUGGUCAUUCGGGAGUUGAAUGUUUUCUCUCCUUCGGGUUGUGCCUUAUCCCUUGAGCCUGUCUAUUCUUUAGGAGACAGGUGGCCAGAAGAAGUGAGUUUUGCAGUUGGAGGAUUGCUAGUAUUUGGAAGCAUGGGAAGGUGGAGUGGAAAGUUCUUGAGGUUGAAGGUGGGUGGGAUUCUGAUGCUGUGGAACUCAAGAUCGUGUGUUGCCAUUAAAGUGAUUCCUAGUAGACAUUCCGUUACUAUUGCUUUUCUGGAUGGUGAAGAGUUUUGGGUCACAUGAAUUUAUGGUCCCCCAAGGAUUAGUGAUAGAAGUUUGUUUUGUGAGGAGCUAGGAGAUAUUUUUGGUUAUGGUGGGUCGAGAUGGUGGUGAUGGGUAAUUUUAAUGUUGUUCAGUUUCCGAAUGAGAGUUUUGGAGAGGUCUAUGAGAUGUUUUGAUAAUUUUAUCGAUGACUGAGUUAUUUGAGACCCUCCUCUUGUCGGGGGCAAAUUUACUUGGGCCAAUAGUAGGGUGGCUAUUGAUAGGGUCCUUAUGUCGGAAGCUUGGAUUGAGAGGUUUGGGAACCCUAGGUAGGUAAGAGGGUCUAAAAUCACUUCGGAUCAAUAGGCCCUUAUUUUGACUAAUGGUAGGUUGAAUUGGGGUGCAGUCCUUUUUCGUUUCGAGAAUAUGUGGUUUGAUCAUCCUUCCUUUGGAGCGAAUAUAUUUCUAGGAUGGUGGGUUAUACCAAUUACUGUGGAUGAAGCGAAUAUAUUUCUAGGAUGGUGGGUCAUACCAAUUACUGUUGAGCUAACCUUAUUUUGACAUUAACAUCCUUCAAGAACAACCCAUAUGUUAGAAUCUUUCUUUCUCUUGCUCAAGAUGGAUUGAGAGUGGGGUGGGGAGGAUUCUUUUAUUGGUAGGCUCGUCCUGCUGGGACGGUCACGUCCUUCGGACAUAGUAUUUUCUAGUUUCACAAGUAGUUUUCUCCUGUAUCUGCUUUUCGAUUUUCUUUUACCAUUGGGCUUUUACGAAAGAGUUUU